AUGGCACCAUUCACGUCGACCGCGCCCGUCACGCGACCACCUCCCACGGCGCAUAGCCGGAGAUCAGUGUUUAUCGAGGCCCCAAUGGAGGAAUAUACGCCUGCGCAUUCGACGUACGAGAGGUCGAUCCGCGGGACAGGCGGCUGGAGCUGGUCUGAGAUCUACGAGCGCCGCUGGGCGAAAGUUGCGUUGCGGGUCGUGAAUGGCGUGGCGCAUGCCGCGGCGUGCUCGUUGCUUCUCUCGAUCAUGGCAGAGUUUCUGUACAGGCACAGAGGUCGGGAGCAAAGGCCGCCAGCUAUUGCGCUUACUGUCCUCGUCGCUACCGAUAUAUCUCUCGACAUCUACUCCGUCGGCAGGGCUAUGAGAAAAUGGCAAGCCUUGGCCUUGCUCCUGCGCUUACUAGCCGGGCUGGGCUACAUUGCCAUGUUUCUGGUCUAUGUCGGCUUCAGAGAAGUGUUCCCACACGGUUACUCUUACUGGGGGAUGGGGUCGGGGUUCUCUGGUCCCAUUGUUCAUCUUUUCUUAUGGGUGAUUGGAAUUUGGGACCUGCUACACACGAGCAUACACCGACAUACUCUGGGCAGAGAUCUACGGACCGGAAUGUUGUUCUCUCGGCACGGAGGACCAGCCGGCAGUGGCAUUCCCCAGGUUUCGGACCCCAUGUCAGCGCCGCGUACGCGAGGAAGCCAUCCGCAAACACCUUCCCAGGUUGAGCGCGGUUUUGAUACAGAGGCGAUUGUCGCUCUAGAUGAGAUUCACUCGGGCGAAAAGAACAGCACACAAGCAGAUGCGAUGAGUAGAAGUGGGGCGUCUUCGACAUCAGGGGAGUCAUCGUCCCAGGCGGCGUCAGCGGGCAAUCUAGAUAGCAAGACUGUGAGCGCCGAAACGAGCCAGAGAACAAGCACUGCGUUUUCGGAGGACACAUUGGAGGACGAAGGCGGUGCUCAUACCGACGUGGCACGAGAAGAGUUCAAGCCAUGA